GCAGAGUUGCUGGCAUUGCACAAUAACUGUCAGUGGAACGUAACUGGCUCGGAUUUGUUAUGGUGACAAAAUUUCAAGCACAUGAAACAAGCAGAAAGUAAAUGAAAUUAUUGACAGGGGUGAAGUUGAGGUCACUUCCUGUAUAAAUGAGCUGUAGUGAGAUUUCUCUCGACAGUAAACAGACACAUCAUGGCUCUGAAACCAGAUUCCUGUGUAAGGCUAAAUGAUGGGCAUCUGAUGCCAGUGGUGGGAUUUGGUACCUAUGCUCCACAGGAGGUUCCCAAGAGCGAGGCAGAGGAAAUGGUGAAAUUGGCCCUUUAUGUUGGAUACCGUCACAUUGACUGUGCAUCUAUAUACGGUAACGAGGUUGAAGUUGGCCGAGCGAUCAGAACAAAGAUUGCAGAUGGUACACUGAAGAGGGAAGAUGUUUUCUAUACCAGCAAGCUGUGGCUGACUGACCAAAGUCCAGAGCGGGUUGGUCCUUCUUUGGAGAAAUCCCUGAGAGAUCUACAGUUGGACUACAUUGACCUAUUCCUCAUCCACAACCCUAUGGAACUCAAGCCAGGUGAUGAUCGCUAUCCAACAGAUGAAAAUGAAAAAGUGAUUUAUCACAACACAGACAUUCGUGACAUAUGGAAGGCAAUGGAGGAGUGCAAAGAAUCUGCACUGGUCAAAUCAAUUGGGGUUUCAAGCUUCAACCGGCGGCAGUUGGAACUUAUACUGAACAUGGAAGGAUUGAAGCACAAGCCUGUCUGUAACCAGGUGGAAUGUCACAUCUACCUUAAUCAGAGUAAAUUACUGCAGUUCUGCAAGUCACAUGAAAUCGCUUUGGUGGCAUUUGGUGCUUUGGGAUCUAGUAGAGAUGCCAACUGGAUAGAUCAGAACAGUCCCUAUGUUCUUCAAGAUCCAGUCUUGGUUGAAGUUGCUAUAAAAUAUGGACAAACACCUGCUCAGGUGGCAAUAAGACAUCUUCUGCAAUGUGGUGUUGUGGUGCUUGCAAAAAGUUUCAAACUUCAAAGGAUUAAGGAGAACUUCCAGGUUUUUGAUUUUCAGUUAAGUGAAGAAGAUAUGGACAUUCUUAAUCAUCUUGACAGAAAUAUGCGCUAUACAACUGGACGCCUAUGGGCAGACCAUCCAAAAUGUCCAUUCCAUGAUGAAUAUUAAAAUGACAAUCUUGCUCAAAGUUGCAUGACUCGAGUGUAUGUUCUACCUAUCCAGGGUCAAGGUAUUGGGUCAAGAAAGGCUCCAAGAACAAUCUUUUUGAAUGGACAUCUACUGGUAUUACUGCUACUGGUAUUAGACUUCUAAAGUAAGGCCUCAUGCACAUGACCGUUGUGUGUGUUGCGGUCCACAAAUUGUAGAUCCGCAAAUCACGGAUGCCGUCCGUGUGCGUUCCGCAAUUUUCAGGAAAGGCGCGGACAGCCAUUAAUAUAACUGCCUAUUCUUGUCCGCAAAACGGACAAGAAUAGGACAGAUUAUAUUUUUUUGUGCGGACCAAAACAACGGUCGUCUGCAUGAGGCCUAAAGGUCAAGGUAUGAUCUCUGCAAUAAAGCCUUAAAAUGGAGGCAUACGAGAUAAAGAAAGAUUCCAUUAAAUUGAAACAAGUACCAGAUGUUUUUAUAGCAUAGAUACAAUGGGUUCAUGAGCUCUCAAUUAGCUGUCCACCAAAAUGUAAAUAUGGGACCAAAAAUGUGUAGAAUUUUGUAUUAUACCUCAUUCACUCAGAAGCAUUCUUUUCUUCCUGCUAAUUAAAGAGACUCUCACCAGUUUUAUGGUGCCCUAACCAGCUCCUGCUCAUGACGAUGAGUCCAUAAUAUUUAUGAGCCCCUGGCUUUCUUAACCUCCCUGCUGCUAAUUCAGUUGGAAAAAAAUCUGUGGCAGGGGGAGGAGAACAACAGAAACUCACGAAUAUCAGGACUCUGCAUGUGCUGUUAGAACCUAGCAGAAUCAACAUAUUCCUUUAAGAGGGUGAAAGAUGAAUGGCCAACAAUGCUUGAUCAGAUACAAUGCAUGUUCUUUGAAAUGUAUUUUUUUGGGAUACUUGCUGACCUUCAGGACCAAUGUUGCCUAAUUUCAGCCAAAGUUCAGCUCUUGUUCUCUAACAUGCACUGGGAGGUUUUUGCUAAAGGGAACAAGGGUCACUUUAUUUUUAAUGUACUUUAUGUGGCUGAACAAGGCAGAUUUACCUUUGUAUCAUACAUAAAAAAUGCAUACAAGACUAUCCAGAUCACAGCUGUGGCAUUUUUAAGACGCUAAGAAACAUCUGAAGAUUGUCUUCAAAAAGGAUUUGAUGGUGGAUAUGGGGCCUGUUAAAGCCGAACAACAUAUUAUUUCAUAUUUUGCUAUAUAAAAAUGGAACAAAUGGACCCAAGCUAGAAGGUGGUGCUGCUUUGCCUGACUUCUUUCUCUAUUAUCUAGCUGGGCAGCUGAAAUUUCUAUCUCCCUGGGUUCAGACGUCUGAUUUGCCUAAUGCAGAAUACUAUCUUAGGGAGUAUCUGGGAUUGUCCUCCCUGUGGCCUGUUUUGGAAGGACCGCGCUUUAUUUCCAUGCGCUUGCUCCCCAUUCAUAGAAUGGCCCAUCAGGUAUGGAAUGCUGCGAAGAUGUGGUCGUUUAAAGAUAUCCCAGAUGACAUGCCGCUGUGGGAUAAUCCCAUGUUUGCCCACUUGAGAGAUCUGGAGGGAGCUGGAUGGUGGAAGACGCAGGGAGUUAGUAAAUUGAGCGAUUUAUAUGCUGGGAGUAGUCUGUGCUCCUUCUCUCAGCUGCAAGAGAAGUUUGAAUUGCCUCGCACUCUCUUUUUCAGAUAUCUACAGUUGAGACAUGCGCUAACGGCACAGUUCGGGGCAGGUGGCCGCAAAAUUUCGAAUUAUCCUCUGAUAGGAGUUCUUAGAUCACAGGGCCCAAGAGGUAUAAUUUCUGUGCUCUAUACGCAUCUGCUUAAUAAUCGCAUGCUGAUGAAUCCCCUUGCUGUUGAAGGGAAAUGGAGGAAUUCCAUCCCUUCCCUAUCGGCUGACGAUUGGAAUGAAGCACUGUUGUCUCCGAGGGUCUCCCCGUCAAUCACUAAUAGGCUGAUCCAGCUGUUUAUUUUGCACAGAAGUUACCUCACGCCUGUUCGGCUGCAUAAAAUGGGUAGACUGCCACAUAGCAGGUGUCAUAGAUGUCAUCAGGAAGGGGCUGAUUUUUGGCAUCUCAUGUGGGAUUGCACAUAUUUGAAAAGCUUCUGGGUAGCAGUGGUAGGAGUACUGUCCACUAUAGUCCCAAAUGCAGUGCCGUUAUGCCCUAAAAGCUGUAUACUCGGCAUCCUAGAGGAGGUCUGGGGGCCAUCAUCACAGGAUCCUUCUGAGUGAAACUUUAUUCUUUGCUAGGAAAGCUAUCGCCCUGAGAUGGAUGGAUGAUAGAACGCCUACGUUAGGCCAAUGGAAGUCGUUGGUUAAUCAGGCUGUUAGCAUGGAAAAGGUUGUCUUUAUCCACAGGAAGUGUCCACAAAAGUUUGACAAAGUGUGGGGUGAAUGGUGUGCCUCCCCUUUGACUGUACAUAAUGCUUGCAUGUAUUCAGUAGCUGAUGUAUGAUAUUAUGUAAAUUGUGUGUACUGAGGCAAUGUCUCCUCUUUCAUGCUGCUUCCCGACGCUAUUUGAUUUGGAAACCCUUUUUCUCUGUAUCGGACCUACUGCAGAACUGUCAUGUAGUACUGAGCUAACACUGUAUCCCCUGCAUGGGAUUUACCCUUGAUUCAUUAAUCUUUUCUUUUUGAUGAUGUAACAUGCCUUUCUUGUUAAACUUCAAUAAAAUGAGUUAAAAAAAAAUAAUAAUGGAACACAUGUACACCAGUUCAGAAAUCAAUCUAUAAGGUUGCACUAAUUCCAACACUCUGAUUUUUGUCAAAUGCAUUGUGAAAGACCUCAUAUAGAUCACCAAUCCACAUCAAUGUGCAGCAUCCUGCUGCAGACUGGCAGUACACUGUAAAGUGAAAAAGAAUAUAUUUUUGUGUAAACCAUGUAUUUAUUGUAUGUAGCGUGCAUAUGUUAAUAGGCUGUUGCAUCCUCCAUCAGACACUAGGUGGAGCUGUUUCCUCUUCCCACAAGGUUUAGAACAUUCCAGAGUAGUCUAUCCUAGGUAGAGCUAUCAGAAGGAAGCCAUGUCUGUCGCUGACAGGGUAUCCACCCCUAGACCAAGGUGUCAGCCAUGGGGAGGCCAGAAAGAACACAAAAACAUUGAAGCAGACCAGAUGAAUGAAAAUAAAGAAUAUAGAGGCAUAUAGAACCAUCUCUGUGGUUGUAUAAAGAACCAUCUCUGAGGGGUGAAUUGCAUUGCUGAAAGCUUAUAGACUCCACGGCCCUUGUGUCCAGUUGCAUAAAAGUUUCUGGACCUAGACACUUCUGCUACAGAUUGGAAAACUGUAUGACUACUUUUCCCACAUCCUGCUGUGGACAUGUGGAUCCACAACCUGUUCAAAGAAGGUGCAGAAGAGUUUGCCUGCUGUGGAGGGGACUGCCCUGUGGUUGUGUUGUAUUGCUUGACAAGAGAAUUAGUACACCUCAUGCCUUUACGCUUAUGUUAGCUAGCGAAGUACAGAGUCAGACAUUCUGCUUAUUAGCUGCUGAUCCAUUGCAAGAUAAGAACUGUCCUGAUCUGUUUGCAUUUUAAUUCUUCAGUAAAGAACUGUUCUGAUGCA